AUGAAGGCGCAAAUCCUAGCAGACUUCGUCGCUGAAAUAACAACACAUGAUCAACCCACAGAGGUCGAUGGAGCCUCAAAUAUUGCGGGAUCAGAGGUAGGGAUGGUACUAAAAGAGCCACAUUCCAUCAAAAUGCAACAUUCAAUCAAUUUGAAUUUCCCAGCUACAAACAAUUCAGUAGAAUAUGAAGCGCUAAUAGCAGGACUAAGAAUGACAACGGUAGUCAAGGCUGAAUGCCUCAAGGUCCAAAGUGACUCACAACUGGUGGUCAACCAAGUACUCGAUUUAUUUGAAGUAAAAGAUCUCGACAUGAGAAAGUAUGUAGGCCGAGUUAAAAAGCUUCUAGCUAACAUAACUAAAGACACCGAGAGAUGGGAACUAGAACAGAUCCCUAGAAAAGAGAACAAAGAAGCAGACAUACUAGCCAAAGCCGGAGCAUCAAAUGAAACAAUACCACGCAUUACCUUCAUUGGUUCAAAACUUCAGUAG